AUGACCACUCCAAAGGAAAAUACAUAUGAUUAUAUUGUCUGCGGUGGUGGAACCUCUGGAUGUGUUGUCGCAGCUCGUCUUGCUGAGAAUCCAGAGGUAUCGAUUCUUCUAAUCGAGGCCGGUCAGCAUAAUAAAGAUUUAGAAAAUGUGCACAUGGCAGGAGGAUGGUCGAACAAUUUCGAUUCCGAGACAGAUUGGAAUUUUGUUACUCCACCAAUGAAAGGCGUGGAUAAUCGUCAAGUGAAAUUGAGUCGUGGCAGAUUUCUCGGUGGAUGUAGUGGCGUUAACGGCACUCUUUGCAUCCGCGGUUCCAAGCAGGAUUACGAUGACUGGGGGUUGGACGGGUGGAGUGGAGAGGAAUUCUUCAAGUACAUGAGAAAGUCGGAAACUUUCCACCCCAAGCCAUGGCACAAAGCCGAUGUUGACAGUCAUGGCUACUCGGGACCACUCCAUACAGAGCCUCAUGACCUAGCUCCUAUCUCGGAGUUACUACUCCAAUCAAUGGAGUCUCAAGGAAUGCCCCUGCAUCACGACAUGUUUACCACUGGCGAUGUGGCACAAGGCUGUGGCCAUGUACCCCGUACAGUAUACGAAGGGAUCCGGACAACCGGCGCCGAUUUCGUGACGAAGAAGAACCAUCGAAAUAACAUCACUAUCAGGACUGAUACAACAGUUGACAAGAUCAUUUUUGACCAGGGCGAACAGCCCCGUGCGUCGGGCGUUAUCACCAUCAGCAAUGGUACUUCCAAGACGUUCUUCGCUCGAAAGGAAAUCAUCAUCUCCGGAGGCGCAUACUGCAGCCCUGCUAUCCUUCUUCGCUCAGGUAUCGGCCCGAAAGACGAACUAGAAAAGCAUCACAUCCCAAUCACAGUGAACUCACCCGGCGUGGGCAAGAACCUCAUGGACCACCUGAUCGUCUUCAUAUUCUAUGAGACCGAAAAAGAGGGCCUAACAAACGACUACGCCGUCUACCACGACGACAACUUCGAAAACACAUACCAACUUUGGAAAGAGAAGAAAACAGGCUUCCUAUCUACAUUCCCCUUCGGAGUCUUCGCCUUCGCCAGACUAGACGACCGACUUAAAGACGAACCACUCUGGAAACACGCCCCCCGCCUCCCAGGCCGCGAUCCAAUGGGUCUAGCACCAAACCAACCGAAUAUCGAAUUCUUCACAACAGAAUGCUACGGUGGACCGAAGCAGUAUGAUCAAUUCCCGAUCGAUCACAAGCAUGCAUUCUCGAUUAUAGCGGAACUAUUUGCGCCGAAGUCUCGUGGCUCUGUGACUCUUUCUUCGAUGGAUCCACUGGAGAAUCCGGUCGUGGAUUGUAAUUAUCUCGAUGAUCCGUUGGAUCUGCUUGUUCUUAGUGAGGCGUGUCGGUUCGGGAAUGAGGUUGUUAUGAAGGGUGCUGGGACGAGGGAUAUUGUUAAGGGGUCUUGGCCGGCGAAUUUAAAACAUCAUGAGCAUACGACGAGGGAGGAUUGGGUUCCUUAUGUUAAGGAGCAUGCGACUACUUGUUAUCAUGCUGCGGGAACCUGUGCGAUGGGCAGAGAAGAUAACCCCAUGGCUGUUUUAGAUGAGAAAUUGCAGGUUAGGGGUGUGACUGGGCUCCGUGUGGCUGAUUGUAGUGUUAUGCCGGCUUUGCAUGGAGGACAUACUCAGAUGCCAGCCUAUGGGAUAGGUGAGAAGUGUGCGGAUCUCAUCAAGGAAACCUGGCGUCAGGCAGGAAAUGUCUACCCUCGGAUUUAA